GGCCGCGGCUGAUGCAACGCUGAGGGGGCGGGUGGGAGACGGGAACCCCUUCAGCGAGGAGACACCCGGGCGGGAGCUGUCCGGGAAACGAUGGCUCCGCCCGGGCUGCGGCUCCUCCGUCCCCGGGGGAGCGGCUGGUGCCGGGGCCGCGGCUUCCCCAUGCCACUUCACUGCCUUUUACAGAAACGGUUUUGAGGGUUAGUUGUUGUUGUGCUUGUUUUUUUGGUUGUGUUUUUGUUUCUGUUUGUUUGGUUUUGGGGUUUGUUUUGUUUAUUUUUGUUUUGGUUUUGGGGCGUUUGUGUGGGUUUUUUUUGUUUUAUUUUGUUUUGUCUGUUUGUUUUUUAUUGCAUGGACUCGAUAUUUUUUUUUUUUUAUUACCCAGACGCAGUUAUCUCCUUAGAUAUUUAAGACAUGGACAGAGAGACCGGUGUUAUGGCCUUGGAAACAAGCUGACUAGACACCAAAUCAAGGCCAUUAGGAAUGCAGAAAAAACUGCCACCUCACACUCUGCGUUCUACUGUUUGAUAAUGCCAGUAGUGCUGUAGGAAUUACUAGUGGUGCCUGAAAUUGCUUUGAUGCCUACAAGGAUAUCUUGCUAGUAAAAGGCACAUCCAGGAUUUUUGUGCCAGAAAACUGCAGAGACAAUGCUUGUUAGUAGUAGUUCAUCUUAUGAUUUGUACUAAAGCUGCAGAUGCAGUAAUAAAUUAUCAUCUAAAGAUUUAUGUACAGUAGCAAGAAAUUCAGUAUUCUGUUUGUAGAUCUGUUGUUUCUAAUCGAUUCUCGAACUUCUUAUCCUAGCACUGAUUCAGAAUGAAUUGCAGUGUAUUAUUUUAAAUUACAGAGGGCUAGUUGGGGAGGGAAAAUUUUUUGCAGCUGCCAAAAUUUUCAACUAUAUACUACAGAAACAGGAGCUGAACACAGCUAGGCACAAUUAGGAUGUUUAAGCUGAGUCUGCUUAGUUUUUCCACAAUAUGGAACUAUUGGUUUUAUAAAUAUCUACAGCAAUCUACAGCGUUGCAUUCCAAUUAUUGAUUUCUUAAUUUUAGGAAAUUAUUUACACUUGAUAUCUGUGAUAGUAUUACUUGUGUAAGAGCUUCGAGCCCUGGCCUAGACUAGAAAAAAGGGUGGUUAUUUUUUCAAGCUUUGUAACACACAGUAGCUACUCUUAAAUGCCACUUAUUUAUUUGGUAGGAAAUUAUUUACAAGCAUUUUGAAAAUUAUUAGUGAUGGUCUAAAACUGCUGGGAAUGAGCUUUCUCACUCUCCAGGUGAAGCUAGCAGACAAUUUGGAUUCUCCCCCCCACCUCAAUUUCUAGGUACGAAAUGAAAGCCAUUUCUCCAAUGGUCAAGCCCUACCGUUCUUUGGGAAAUCUCUGGGUAUUUGUGACAUUCAGUCCUCAGCCUUUUAGCUGCCAGGUGCUUCAGAACCAUCUCCAGACUGUUGAUAACAGGUAGUUCUCACGUGCAUGAAGUAAAGCUAUUUUUACUCAAGUUUAUUUUGGAUUCAGACAGACACAGGAAGAAUCUGAGUUUGAAAGGUGAAUGUUUUUAUGAUGUUGUCAGUCUAAAAGAUAAUGUUUCACUACUAUGAAUUAAUAUGGAGCUGGUUACAAAUUUCUGCAUUUGCUGUAGGUGGCAUUUCCAUACAGCACUUAGUGAGGGGUGUUGUAAGAGCCCAUGAGAUUUUGUAAAAGCUGAGCUGUCUGCCAAAUACUGUCAUAUAUAGGUCAGACUGUGACCAAUAUGUGAGAGGUGAAAUGCGGCCUGUUUUGCUCUGAUUCAGUGUGUUGCAAACUCACUGGUUGCUGCAAACAUGCAGUUCAUUUUUAUUGUUUUCUAAGGCAUGAUACCCCUUUUUGUUUCCAUCCAAACACCUGCAAAUGUCUGUGCUAAUAUAUUCUCUAGAACAGCCCCGUUCUGAACUGAAGGUAAGCUUUUCCUAGCAGAGUGUGGAUAUGUAUAAAAGGCUGAAAUGUUCCAAGGUUCUUGUGUUCACACUAAUUCUGAAUUGCUAGUGAACGAAGAACGAGUAGUGGGGUAAGGGAAUAUCAUUAAUGAAACCAGCACCCCCAGCUGGCCAUCUAAUAUUUUUACUGUCCCAAUCAUAACUUCAUCUAUUAUCCUCUACUUCAGGCAUUGCCAAGUGCUCUCUCACUCCUCCUUCCUUCAAACUGUACCCCAUUAAUGGCUACCAAGAUUUUAGCAGUGAGACUUCUCAGAUCUUGCAAGUAUCCACAUAUGUGCCAUGAUGUGCUGCCCUAUCAUCAGAAGAGCCAUAAGAAGUAAAUAGACUGUAAGCUUCAAACAGCCAGGUCCCAGAGAACUGCUGUAGCUGCCACUGGUGGGAGCACGUUCCCUGUGCAGAGCCCACUGACCUAAACAUAACCUUCAGACAUACAACAAGCAUCUGCAAAGGCAGUGCACUGCUCACAGCCUCCAGUUCAUCUCCAGGACAGAGCUGUCUCAAGGCAGGGUGAUUCAGCAAGGCUGCAUCCUCCCUGCCACAUCAGCCUCUGGGGACUCCAGUGUGAUGCCUGCUCCCUUUCCUAGUGAUUUCAAAAGCUCUGCAAAUACCCAUUUAAGAAAAUUUUGGGCAAAUACACGGCUCCUUUUUUGUUGCUGAGGUAUGUGGGAGACUGAAAUAAUAAAUGGAUCUAAUGGAUCUAAUAAUAGGAUCUAAGGUACUUAGGGGCUGAUUUUAUUUUUUUCACAGAACCUUUGGUGAUGGUCCAAGUUUUGUUAAAACUGGACUGCUUACAGCUUUAAAAAAUGACUCUGGCUUAAGACAGAUUUGUGCAUUAGAGUCACCUGUGGGUGAGCCAUGUGCCUCAAUUAUAGAUGGAAAUAACCAUUUAAAUUGCGAUUUCAGCAACAAACGUUGCUGUAACUGUGCAUGACAAGAAGAUUCUUGAACUCAUGGUUGCAGUAUCUCUUUUUGGGAUAGGAUGCCCAGUAGUGCUCCAUUUUGCAGAGAUACCUAGACACUAUGAUGGGAAGGAGAGAAAAAAUGAGAAUGACUUCCUGAGAUACAUGAGCUGCUACCACACAUACAGGCAAGGUAAGCCUUUAUGGAAAACUGAUAGUUAUGUUACUCUGUCACUCUGGAAGUGACCUGGUAGAAGUGCAACACUCCUGUCAGUCCUGUUUACUCUCUGGAUUCCAGCUCCUGCAUUCAUGUAGGUAAGAGGCUUGAAAAAUCGUGACUGCAUCACAUUGAGGUAUUGAUCCUCUGAUAUGUGACACUACCCAUUAAGCACAUAAAGGUCAAACCUAUGUUUAAUAGCUUCUUAAUAAAAAAUAAAACACUGUCACUGGAGGAACUUUGUAUAGUACCUGUGCACCUUCAUUUCAUGUUUUGGUUCAGGAUUUGGCAGAGUGUUUUCAAGAUGUUAGUGUGUAUGUCUGCUUGUUCUACACUGAGAUCAGCUUUUGGGAUGAGCUCAGGAACUUGACUCCUUAUGCCGACUGGAAGGCUUCCUCCUCUGAGCUGGCCAGCUGCCCCAGAUGGAUGGGUGGUAACUGUUCAGUGCCCAUGUAUAAAUGGUGGGGAAAAUGAUGACGACUCUGAGCAGAACUGGAAACCACCAGAAAAUGACCUGAUCCAGAAAUUAAUAGCACAGAUUGAAUAUUACUUCUCGGAUGAGAACCUUGAGAAAGACGCCUUCCUCCUGAAGCAUGUGAGAAGAAAUAAGAUGGGUUAUGUCAGUGUUAAACUUCUCACUUCUUUUAAGAAGGUGAAACACCUUACCCGAGACUGGAGAACCACAGCCUACGCACUGAAGUACUCGGACACUCUCGAGCUCAACGAUGACAACAAAAAGGUGCGAAGAAAUACUCCAGUUCCACUGUUUCCAAGUGAAAAUGUCCCUACCAGGAUGUUACUGGUGUAUGACAUCCACAUGAUUUCUGAGCUCCAGGCUCUUAAUAAGCAACAAAAUGGAUGCAUGCAAGAAAGGAUAAUGAAGCAUCUCCUCAAAGCCUUUGUAAAUUUUGGUGUCAUUUCAUCAGUUCGUAUUCUCAAGCCUGGCAGAGACCUACCACCUGAUAUCAGGAGGGUCAGCAACUGGUACACCCAGCUGGGAACUCAGGAAUGUGCAAUUAUAGAAUUUGAAGAAGUAGAUGCUGCCAUACAUGCUCAUGAUUCAAUGUGCACUGAAAAGAAAGAGACUGGCAUGAAAGCUGUCCUCGUAGGAAUGAAACUGCCGAAGAAAAAAGUUCCCAAAGACAAGAACCAUGAUGAAGGUUCCAGAAAGAGUCUUAAGAAGACUCGAUCCCUUAAUAAGAGAGUGGAGGAACUUCAGUUUGUUGGUGAUGAAUCUUCAGCAAACAGCUCUUCUGACCCAGAGAGCAAUCCUACAUCACCAUUGUCAGGGCGCAAAUGUACUGCAACAAAUAUUGUGAGUAAUUUGAGCCCAAACAUUCAUCCAAAUAACCAUUUGAGCCCUAAUGUGUCACCCAGAUCAAGCCCUUGGAACAGUCCAUCUUCAUUAAGAAAAGUAACAAAAAAAUCUCCACUGGCUGAAGACAGUAAGCUUAACCCAAGCACUAGCCCUGAAAUUCCAAGGAAAUGUACAGAUUAUUCCUUGGAUAGCAGCAUCACCCCUUCUGGGAGCCCCUGGGUACAGAGAAGAAAAGCCCAAACCCUCACACAAGAGAAGAGUUCCACUAGCAGUCCCAUGUUGGUUCAGAAAAUACAAAAUGCAGACGGUCUCCCUGUUGGGGUACUGAGGUUGCCUAAAGGUCCUGAUGGCACCAAGGGAUUCCACAAUGUUUGCGAAAGAAGGAAGGCUAUGAAGAGUGAAUAAACCCUUUUUAAAAACAGGCUCAACAAGUCAGCCACCUGUUGAUGACCAAGUCUGGUAAAAAACUUUCUCUUGAAUGACUGAGUUAAGCGAGUAUUUAAUUUUAGAAGCUUUUGUAUUCAUAUAGAGACUUUAUCAUUUGUAUAUUUGUAUAUUUUCUCCACAGAACAGGUGAGGUUGGAAGGCAUCUCUGGAGAUUGCCCAGUCCACCUCCUUGUCUCAAGCUACAAGAAGUCACUGAGUGGUUUGAGCAUUUGCCUGUCUGGAUGAUGUGUUUCCACGUUCAACCACCCACACAGCACAAAAGUGUUUCUUUAUAUUCAGGUGCAAUUUCUAUGUUCCAGUUUGUUCCCCUUUUCCUGUUACUGCGUAUCGCUGAGAAGUGCCUAGUUCUGUGUUCUUUACUGCUUCCUAUGAGGUAUUUAAAAACUGAUGAGAUCUGUCCCCAGAGCCCUCUCUUCUCCAGUCUAACCAGUGCCUGCUCUCUAGGCCUCACAAGAGGGAUGUGCCAGCCUUUUAAUCAGCUGAAUCACUUUGCUAGAGCACUGCUCUUACCUGCAUCCAUUUCUUUAAUGUAUUAUUUUGAAAUGCCUAAACAUCCAGACGGACAUAUAAAUCAUUCAUGUAAGUACGUCAUUUGCAGAGCUAGGAUCCUGAAGAGCAGUGUGUAAAUACUUACAGUUUAGUGGCUGUAAUAUGAGAAGGGUGGUAUGUUACCAGUCUUAUCAUAGAGAGCUCAGGUUUUGAAGACUUUCUGUUUGCCUCAAAAAGGAAUUGAGGAAGUUGAGCCACAGUGAGCAUUUGUUCUCGUGUACAUUGCCAAAGCAGUAUUUUUUAGUAAGACCAGUGUGUAUUUUCAUGUGAUGUGAGUAAAGACUGAGCAUUGGAGACUGCUCUGUAAAUGUUCUCUUAUAUAAUCAGAUGGAAAUAAACAAAAAUAUUAACUCUG